AUGGACAAAUGCGGCUUCGGCCGAGACCUGCCUCAGGCAAUGAUUCUCCGCGUCCUCAACCCAUCGUCCACACGAUUUCUCUCUACUACAGCUAUGAUACAUGAUUCGGCCGAAGAAAAGAGACAAGGAGAAAGAGAGAUUGUAAUCAGUUACCUCAUGGAGACUCAGCCGCAGCCGCAGCCGCAGCCACAGCAGCGUCGCCGUCGAAGACCAGCUUUCUCUUGUCAGGAAUGCCGUCGCCGCAAGAUCAAGUGCGAUCACAAUAACCCGUGCGCAAAUUGUUUGCGGUACAAGAUCCAAUGUAUAUACAAGACGUAUACGGAUGGCUUGAAUGACAAGCUCAUUGCCGUGAGUACCCAACAGCAUGAGUCGCCGCCCCAUACCGACAGCCCCCGGCCGCCGUCAGACAGCUCGGCUCCCGGACAAGUCGCUCAAGCUGCGGACUUGGGGAACAUCUCGGUGCCACUGCAGGGCAGCAGCUCAUCCACGUCCGGGGUCACAGCACCAGCGGCAACGGCCCCUCCCCCUGACCGCAAUGACCUGGGGGCCACUGUCAGUGAUCUUCUGCAUCGGGUACAGAAGCUAGAAGAAUCUUCAGCAAGGGGAUCCCGGACUAGUGACACUCCCCUUCACGACGUCUAUGCGCGCCAGUCGCCGGGGCCGCAAGAGUGGCAAGCCGUUCUGAACAAGUCAAGAGAUUGGGGCAGGAGUGGCUGGAUGGGAGCGGCUAAUGAAUUCGCUGCCAUCAUUGCCUGUUACAGUGAGAUCAUUGGCAGGCGUAGCAAGAACGACUUGUUUCAAGAGCCCGAAGCCUCGGCGCUGAUUUCGCAGGCUGGUGACUUGCUCCGGAAAUGCAAGAAUAGAGCAAGGAGCAUCAAGACCUGCCGGCCCACCAGAGGUCUCCCUUUGCCGGGCUUCGGAUCUGGGCCGCCUUCCCGUGAGAUGGCUGAUGCAAUGGCCGAUCUCUUCUUGACAUCAUUUGAAUCGACGCAUCGGAUACUUCACGUCCCUACUUUCUGGCACGAGUACCAGAGAUAUUGGGACAACCCAGACGGGGCGGCUCCUGGCCUAUGCCUCAAAGUUCUGCUCGUCAUUGGCAUAGGAUCAAGUCUGUACGAUCAUGGGGACAGAGCUGCGGCGCUUCGCAAUAUCGACCUGGUUCAGCAAUGGAUCUACGCCGCUCAGACCUGGCUUUCCGGGCCGCUGGAAAAGGACCGCCUGGACAUCUCCGGGCUGCAAAUCUACUGCUUGAGUAUCCUGGCCCGGCAGAUCUUCUCAAUCGGCGGCGAUACGAUAUGGAUCUCGAUCGGAUCGCUUGUCCACAGCGCCAUGCAAGUCGGAUUGCACCGGGACCCCAAGCACCUCCCGGUUAUAUCGGUCCUGCAGGCCGAACUACGCCGGAGGCUCUGGUACACUAUUCUCGAAAUGGUUGUCCAGGCGUCCCUGGAUUCGUCGAUGCCGCCAAGGAUCUCCUUUGAUGAAUUUGAUACCGAGCCCCCCUCCAACAUCAACGACGAUAAGCUCGGCGAGUCAACGACAGAACUCCACCCCCACCCCAAGGACACUUUCACAGCUACAUCCGUUCAGCUCGCCCUGAUCAAAUCGCUGCCCGUCCGCCUCCGCAUUGUCCAGCUCCUCAACGGCCUCCACUCCGAUAUCUCCUACGACCGAGUCCUCUCGCUCAGCUCCGAGCUAAUCAACGCCCUGCAGGCAUGCACUCACCAAAUGAAAGACGGUAACGGAUCUACCCCGUUCCAACGAAAUCUGCUAGACUACCUCAUCCGCCGGUUCAUGAUCCCCCUGCACUACUCCUUCAGCAACCAGGCGCGCACCAACCCCCUCUGCCACUACUCGCUCAAGCUCAGUCUCGACGCCGCCCUCGCCAUGGUCUCGCCCGAGCCGGACCCCGGCUUUGCCCGCCUGAUGGCUACAGCCGGGGGUCUCUUCCGCGAGGGCAACCGGUGCGCCACUACGGCCAUCAGCCUCGAGUUGCUGGCGCAUAUCGAAAAUCAGCGCCUUAACGGCACGUUGCACCGCACGCGCCAGUACCGUGACGUCCUGAAGCAGGCUGUCCGCGACCUCAUCGCGCUCUCUGAGGAGCGCAUCCGGCUGGGUGAGACGAAUGUGAAAAGCCACAUGUUUCUGAGUAUGAUUCUCGCGCAGGCCGAGGCGGUCGAGGCGGGGGGAGAUGUGGAAGUGUGGGUUACGCGAGCCGCGCGGGAUAGCUUAGAGUGGUGCGAUAAUCUGCUGGCGACGAGGGAGGACACCGGCUCGAGCCGGAUGGCGUCGCCUGAUGAGGCGGGACUGGUGGCGGCGGGGAUGGAAGGGUUUGGGCCGGACUUUGGGUGGGACUCUUUCUUUCCGGACGGGGGGUUGGGCUUUGGUCAGAGCUGGCUUGAAAGUAGAUAG